UCCCCGCGCCUCAGCACCGAUCCGGCCCGCGCCUCAGCACCGAUCCGGCCCGCGCCGCGCGGGCGGCGGUUCCGGUUCCGGUUCCGGGCUGCGGGGCCGCCGCCAUGGCGCGCAGCACGCUGAGCUCCCGCUUCCGCCGCCUCGACAUCGACCAGUACGACGAGAACCGGUUCGUGGAGGAGCCCGAGGAGGCGGCGGCGGCCGAGCCCGACGCCGGCCCCGAGGUGGAGGCGCUGCUGAGGCGAGGGGACGCGCUCCGAGCCUUCCACACGGCGCUGCGGAGCUCGCCCGUCAACAGCAGGAACCAGGCGAUGAAGGAGCAGGCGCAGGGAACCAUGCUGAAAGUCCUCAUGUCUUUUAAAAGCAGUGAAAUAGAGCAAGCGGUCAACUCCUUGGACGGGAAUGGCAUUGACUUGUUAAUGAAGUACAUUUAUAAAGGAUUUGAAAAGCCAACAGAAAACAGCAGUGCAAUAUUACUCCAGUGGCAUGAAAAGGACGAGGGUGAAGCAGCUGCUCGUGUCACUGCCCAGCAGGAAUCCCAGGCAAGUGUUGCCCAUCUGCAGGGUUGAGCUGCAGCACUGGCUGUCAGGGCUGCUCCUAGGACGGAUGUUCCCUCGGGACACUGCAGCUCCCUGUGCACCAGUCGUGUUCCCAGCGUAAGGGUUCUGUCCUGUGACUGCUGAUGACACAACCUGUGUGGGUGAUUCCAGCUCCUGGCAGCAGUCACUGCCUUGCAGAUCCAGGACAGGGCGGGAGGAGGAGGAGGAAGGAGUUUCUUAGGACAGCAAAGAACCUGUUUCUGCUUGGUUUUUCUUUCUGUUGUUGUUUCCACUGGAGACUGUUUUUAGGUCACCAAGGGUGUGUGCAGCCAGUGGGCAGCGUUACACAACACCCCUGACUGGCAGGAUGACAGUGCUCAGUGUGUGGGCACAGGUGAAGCAUCUCGUCCUCUUUCUUCAAGGCAGGUCUGCAGGCAGCUGGGCAGGGCUUGGAACCAGGUUUGUGUUCUGCUGUUUGGCACUACUGGUAGGACGUGUGUGUUGCUCAGAGAGGAGUCAGCUGCUGGGCAGCAGUUCAGUCUGUCCUGGGUCUGUAAGCUCCAGGGCUCAGGAACGCUGACACGGGUGCAGUGCCUGUGGGUUCUGCUGCGGGUGACACUUGUGUUCCUCCAUACCCUGGGACACUGAGGUGUCUCACUGCUGCCCACUGUUCUGACGCCAUAUGCUGUAACAGCCCCUGGGCUGGGCCUGAAUUAUCUCUGCAAACACGCCUCACUAAGCAGUCAGCUUUAAUUACUUUUUCAUAGCCACAUCCAUCAUCUUCUGGACUUCAGAAGGAUACAACAUUCACAUGGAGGGGUGCAGAUGGCACUGGAACUUCCUCCUUUCCCCUGCAGGGAGAUGGGAGGUGAGGCACUCUGCACCAUUCCUGACACACCACAUUGGUGUCCUCCUCUAGAUCCAAAAGUCUUUGGAGAAGGUGCUUUUCCCUCCAGAUUGAGGUUACUACGUUAUUGUAUUUGGUUUUGUCUGCCCUUCAGUCCCUUCACUCACAGGUUAGUGCUAUAAAUCCCUGCAGGGACCCAGCGAGGGGGAGCAGCCCAGGCACGGCCCUCUCUGGGCAGGGGCAGCCAGUGUGGAGAGUGGUGAUGUGGUCUGGGGCUGUGUGAGCAAACCUCUGCUCUGUAGAACAACUCCAAAUGUCUUUAGUGGCUGCAAGUGCCAGAGGAAGCAACUUUUUCCCCAGUUAACUGUUUUAGAGACUUUAGAGCAGAGGGUAGGAGCAGAUGGAGUGUCCCAGGCUGCAGGGUGUGAGAUGUAAGUUUGUAGCAGAGCUCUCGCCUCUGUUAUGAAGCGCUUGUUCUUUUCAGACGCCCUUUGCCCGUGAGGCAGCGGCUGCCUCGCACCACACGGUGACUGGGGAAACCUCUCCCUUUCCCAUCCCCACAGGCACUGGCAGUCGGUGGACUGGGCUCCAUAGUCAGAGUUCUUACAGCACGAAAGACUGUUUGAAGGACUGUUUUGGACUCAGAAGAAAGAAUUAGCCAAAAUGACCCUGGUCCAUCUCCUAGCGAUUGCAAUCUACUGAAACACUGCAGACACCUCCUCCUGGAAUGCUCUUACCCCGAGGUGGGGGAGACUAAAGGUAUUCCUGCAUAUUCUGACUAUCAGACACAGGAGCCAAGACAUGCUCUUGCUCCCUUCUUUACCAGGCAGAGAGAAGGCACGGCUCUGCCUCCUGCUGCUGUUAAGUGAACUGGUGUUUCCAGCUGCUGCUUUGGGGUAGGUGGGGCUCCAGGGGCUGCCCCUGGGUCAGAGGCAGCUGUGGCCACAGAAGUUCAGCAGAGCUUUGUAGGUGUGGUCAAAGGACUGGUUGGACCAGGGGGCUGGUUGCAAUGUAAAGUGCCUGCUGCAUCAAUAAAGUUCCUGGAUCACG